AUGGAACCAUAUUUGGCAUUAGAUUUUGAGGAAGUUGAUCUUGUUGAAAAAGCUACUGAAGUUGUAAUAUUGGGUAAAAAAUUUACCAAAGAAGAUGGCUACCAAAAAGUUAAAGAAUUUGUAAGAAGUAGAUUAUGGAUGACAUAUAGAAAAGAUUUUACUAAAAUUGGUGGUACUGGUCCUUCAAGUGAUCAAGGAUGGGGUUGUAUGUUAAGAUGUGGCCAGAUGCUUUUAGCUCAAGCUAUUGUUGAUGUUAAAUUAGGAAAAGAUUGGAUUUGGGAUCCUAAUACGUCGGCUAACGACCAAACUUAUGUUAAAAUUCUUAAUCUUUUCCAGGAUGACAAAAUUUCAAAUUAUUCUAUUCAUCAAAUAGCACAAAUGGGAGUUUCUGAAGGAAAAAACAUUGGUGAAUGGUUAGGUCCUAACACAGUAUCACAAGUGUUAAAGAAAUUGGUAUUUUAUGACAGCUGGAGUAACAUACGCGUUCACGUAGCUAUGGAUAAUGUAUUGAUUCAUGAUGAUGUAAAAAAAGUUGCUACUGUGCAGAGAGAUAAUCAGAAUGAAUGGAAGAAUUUAUUGGUAAUAAUACCUUUGAGAUUAGGAUUAACUUAUAUUAAUAGAGAUUAUAUUCCUGCCAUAAAAAUGUUUUAUGAACUUAAACAAUGUGCUGGAAUUAUUGGAGGAAGACCAAAUAGAGCUUUAUAUUUUAUUGGAAUGGCCGAUGAAGAGAUGUUAUAUCUAGAUCCACAUAUAUGUCAACCAGUAAUCGAUAUUAAUGAACAAAUGGAAUCUGUUAAUGUUAAAGAAAGUGAAUCUUUAUUUGAAAAAGUUGAUGAAAAUGAUGGAGUUCAAGUUAAUAUGGAAGAACCAACUUUAUCAUCUUUACUAAUAAAUGAUGCUUCAUUUCAUUGUGAUUGUGUUGCUCAUAUGGAUUAUGGACAAAUGGAUCCAUCAUUGGCUUUGGCAUUUGUAUGUAAAGAUAAAUCUGAUUAUGAAGAUUUAACUAAUAAUCUUGUCAAUGUUUUGAAAGCCUCUACACCACCUUUAUUUGAAAUGCUUUCUGAAAGGCCUAAAGGAUGGCCAAAGUUUGUUCCAUACACAGGUGUAGAAAGUUCAUUCAAUUUUAAGGAAUAUGCAGAUUUUGGGGAUCCUAAUAUGGAUAGUGAUGAUGAAUUUGAAGUUUUGUCAUAA